CAGGUCUUCAAAUAUGUGCCUCAGCUGCGACCGCAAUUGCAAUAAUGUUUGCGCUAAUCUUCCUUUCAAUUCUUCCCGAAUUCCUCCUUGCCUGUGCCCCCUUAACCCCCGCACCAGCACCAACCCAAGUAAGUGUGAAAGUGGAAAUAGAACAGGUUCCGAUCAAGUUCGUCUAUGGCGAUAGCUCAAAAGUGGAUGGAAUAGCUUCGAGUGAAGCAGAAGUGAUGUAUUUCAUCGAGGCUCACUGCAGAAGAGCGAUAAUAGAGACAAUCCAGCAAGAGAUUUACGCGAAGAUGCCUUUGAUGGCUGAUCACAUACUUAAACUGAACCCGGUUGUGGUAGGAGUUUCUUACGGGCCAUUACAAUGCAAUGCAAAGACAAAUUUUGGCGAUGACUGUCCCAGCAAUACUACUGCUUACUGCUGCGCUGUGACGAACGGCAUAGUCGAUGCUAUAGGAUAUCCGAAUGAUAAGACGAUGAGGCCAAUUUUGCCACUUUUCAAGCAUGCCGAAAUAACAAUGACUACAAACGAUAUCAUCGUUGGCUUUUUUACUAGCGAAAGAAGACGUCUACUAAUGGUUGCAGAGCAAAAGCUAAGAGCAUACGAUAAUGCCUUUGCACAUGUUCAAUUGAUCUAAAAGCAUUAUGGCCGUCUUGCUAUGUGACUGGAUAAAGCCAUUCAAAUGUUGCCACUGUCGUAAAAAAAUAAAGCCGCGCUG